AGGCUCGGCUCGGUUUGGAUAGAUGAUUUAUUAUAAAUUAUAGGUGCCGGUUUUUAAUUAACCGACACCUAUGAUUUUACCCUUAGUAGUUAAGUACCUGUACCAAUACUUCAAUAUUUUUUUACAUCGUGCCCAUCACUCAAGAGCGUUGGAUUUUUACCUUUUUAGAAUGCAAACACCGUAGAACUUCUCGAUCUUUUUUCAACUUUUAGGCCCCAAUCUGCAUUUCCCUGGGGACCCUAAAUUACUAGAGACAGCCCUAUGCUUCAGCUGGCCUAGAAACAUGGGAAUGGGAUGCUCCACUCGCUCAUAAUCACUAUGCACAAAUGCAUGCAAGCGUCCAUCUAAAAAUGGCCAAAGCCCACCACUUGCCGGUCCGCCAUGAAUCUAUCAAAGCAAGAUUUAGCUGCUUCAUAAACUUAAUAAUACCCAAUUACCCAUCCAUUCGAUCAUCUCCGGUUAAUUUCAUGGACACAACGACGACCAUGGCGCCUCUCCCUCUCCUCACCACGACGUCUCUGCUGCUCUUCUUCUUCCUCGCGUCGUCGUUCGCCGCCGACGUCGUCGUCGCGGGCGGCGGCGGCGGCGGCGGCGGCUACGACGGCGGCGGCGACGGCGAAGGCGGCGGCGGCGGCGACGGCGAAGGCGGCGGCGGCGGCGGCGGAGCCAAGAUGCCGCACGUGAACCACGGCAGGUACAAGUGCGGGCCGUGGGUGGACGGGCACGCGACGUUCUACGGCGGGCGCGACGCGUCGGGCACGACGGAGGGCGGCGCGUGCGGGUACAAGGACGCCGACGGGUACGGCGCGAUGACGGCGGCGGUGAGCCCCGCCCUGUUCGACAACGGCGCCGGGUGCGGCGCGUGCUACGAGCUCAAGGGGGAUUCCGGGAAGACCGUCGUGGUGACGGCCACCAACCAGGCGCCGCCGCCAGUGAACGGGAUGAAGGGCGAGCACUUCGACCUCACCAUGCCGGCGUUCCUCUCCAUCGCCGAGGAGAAGCUCGGCGUCGUGCCCGUCUCCUACCGAAAGGUGGCGUGCGUGAGGCAGGGCGGGAUAAAGUACACGAUAACGGGGAACCCGUCGUACAACAUGGUGAUGGUGAAGAACGUGGGCGGCGCGGGGGACGUGGUGAAGCUGACGGUGAAGGGGACCAAGCGGGUGAAGUGGACGCCGCUGCAGCGCAGCUGGGGCCAGCUCUGGAAGACGGAGGCCAACCUCACCGGCGAGUCGCUCACCUUCCGGGUCAUGACCGGCGACCACCGCAAGGCCACCUCCUGGCGCGUCGCCCCCCGCGACUGGACCUACGACAACACCUACCAGGCCAAGAAGAACUUCUAGCUGAUCGAUUUUUUUCAACUUAUUUACUUAUAAUAUUUUUACCUCUCCCUCCGUUCUCUCCCUACUUAAUUGAUGAAUUUUUGGAAGUGAAAACUAAUUAACACUGAAUUUUUUUCUUACGAAUUAAUCCUCUGCGUAUUUACUAAUUUGAGUUUGAAAGAAUUCGUUGAUAGUGAUAUUUGAUGGAUAUUCAUGUAAGCUUUGGAAUCUUAAAUUUUGAUGUACUGGUCGAAAAUGCCAUUAGCAUUGCAUUUAUUCUGUUUUUAUUAUUAUUAUUUUGGCUUCAAAGACCAAUUUUUCUGACGGUUCCAACA